AGCAAAGAUCUCCAGAACUCUCUAGCAUGCUCUUACAUAACACGCCUCUUCUACAUAUUCCUAUGCCACUCUCGAACCUUCUCAAUUCAUCCCCAAAUAACCUAUUUAUACCACCACAAUCCAAUUCAAACCCAUCUCAGAUUUGCAUAUCAUAAGCAUUCAAAGCAUAAGCACUCAAUCAAAAGCUCUCUUUGAAUCCAUUCUUUCUCUAUACUUCAAUUAGAUUUUGAGAACCCAGUUGGUUUUUGUCUGUGAUUUCAAGCUUCAUCAAUGGCUGCUAAAACGGAAGGCAAGGCCAUCGGAAUUGAUUUGGGCACAACUUACAGCUGCGUCGGCGUAUGGCAAAACGACCGUGUGGAGAUUAUCGCCAACGACCAGGGCAACCGGACCACUCCGUCCUACGUUGCCUUCACUGACACAGAGCGGCUCAUCGGCGACGCAGCCAAGAACCAAGUAGCUAUGAACCCUUCAAACACAGUGUUCGACGCCAAGCGACUCAUCGGUCGUCGCUUCUCCGAUCCCACUGUCCAGAGCGACAUGAAGCUCUGGCCAUUCAAGGUCAUACCGGGUCCCGGAGACAAGCCAAUGAUUGUGGUGAACUACAAAGGCGAAGAGAAAAAGUUCUCGGCCGAAGAGAUCUCGUCCAUGGUGUUGAUCAAAAUGAAGGAAAUUGCUGAAGCGUUUUUGGGUCAUACGGUGAAGAAUGCGGUGGUCACUGUGCCGGCGUAUUUCAAUGAUUCGCAGAGGCAGGCGACGAAGGACGCCGGAGCGAUUGCGGGGCUGAAUGUGAUGAGGAUCAUCAACGAACCCACCGCGGCGGCGAUCGCGUACGGGUUGGACAAGAAGGCGGCGCGAAAGGGUGAGCAAAACGUGCUCAUUUUCGACCUUGGAGGUGGCACAUUUGAUGUGUCCCUUUUGACUAUUGAAGAAGGGAUUUUUGAAGUUAAGGCCACUGCUGGUGAUACGCAUUUGGGCGGUGAAGAUUUCGACAAUCGGCUCGUGAAUCACUUUGUUUCAGAGUUCAGGAGGAAGCACAAGAAGGACAUUAGUGGCAAUGCCAGGGCUUUGAGGAGGCUGAGGACGGCUUGCGAGAGGGCGAAGAGGACUCUGUCAUCGACCACUCAAACAACCAUAGAAAUUGAUUCUUUGUAUGAAGGAAUCGAUUUCUAUGCCACCAUUACAAGGGCGAGGUUUGAGGAAUUGAAUAUGGAUUUGUUCAGGAAAUGUAUGGAGCCUGUGGAGAAGUGUCUUCGUGAUUCCAAGAUUGACAAGAGUCAGGUUCAUGAAGUGGUUCUUGUUGGUGGGUCGACUAGAAUUCCCAAAGUUCAGCAACUAUUGCAGGACUUCUUCAACGGGAAGGAGCUCUGCAAGAGUAUUAACCCCGACGAGGCUGUUGCUUACGGUGCGGCGGUUCAGGCGGCGAUUCUGACUGGUGAAGGGGACCAGAAGGUGCAGGACCUGUUGCUGCUCGAUGUCACGCCUCUCAGUCUCGGGCUCGAAACAGCUGGUGGUGUCAUGACUACAUUGAUUCCGAGGAACACAACAAUUCCAACCAAGAAAGAGCAGAUCUUUUCUACCUACUCUGAUAAUCAGCCUGGUGUGCUCAUUCAGGUCUAUGAAGGAGAAAGAGCUCGAACCAAAGAUAACAAUCUUCUCGGGAAAUUCGAGCUCGCAGGAAUUCCUCCUGCGCCGAGAGGUGUUCCACAAAUCAAUGUGUGCUUUGACAUCGAUGCCAAUGGCAUAUUGAAUGUAUCAGCAGAGGACAAGACUGCUGGUGUGAAGAACAAAAUUACUAUCACCAAUGAUAAGGGAAGGUUGAGCAAAGAAGAAAUUGAGAAGAUGGUGAAUGAUGCUGAGAGGUACAAAGCAGAGGAUGAGGAGGUGAAGAAGAAGGUGGACGCAAAGAACUCGCUAGAGAAUUAUGCAUAUAACAUGAGGAAUACUGUGAAAGAUGAGAAGUUCGCUUCCAAAUUGGAUGCGAGUGAGAAGCAGAAGAUCGAGAAGGCGGUGGAGGAGGCCAUAGAGUGGCUGGAGAAGAAUCAGCUGGCUGAGGUUGAUGAGUUGGAGGACAAGCAGAAGGAGUUGGAGGGGUUGUGCAAUCCAAUUAUUGCUAAGAUGUAUCAGGGCGGUGGCGGCGAGGUGCCGAUGGGUGGCGCUGAGAUGCCCGGUGGUGGUUUUGGUGGGUCUGGCAGUGGUGCUGGGCCAAAGAUUGAAGAGGUUGAUUAAAUGAGUUGAAGAAUGAAGAAGGGUUUUAGAAGUAAAGUAGUAAGGGUCUCUGUUUUGGCUGUUUGUUGGGUAGGUUUUGUUUAUAGGGCGAGGGGUCUGUUGGGUUUUAAGUCAAGUUGUGGAGUCAGUUUCUAAGUAAUGUAUCUGAACAAUGUAAUCAAGUUAAAGGGUGUUCUGAAUAAAGUUGUUUUUAGAUACAAAUUUAUUUGCAGUUGUAUGUGAUGUUCGGGUAAUUUAUCAAUUAUCACUCUAAAUUCCAAUAAGGUGAUUUGAGGUGAGAUGGUUCCACCUUUCUUCUUGAUC